AUGCUCUCUGCUCGGAUUCUUAGCUCGCACCCGCUCGUCGUGAAACGCGCGGCGCGCCGUUUCGGGUUACUUCCAAAGACCGUCGUUGUAACCCUGGAAAAGUGGGGGUUACCGGCGAAUACCCUGGUGUCUGACGAGGCGGCGUCUGCUGGUUCUGAUGCUGGCAGUGCGGGUUUAGAUGCGAAGGAGCGGCAGCAGCGGCAGCAGCUGCAGAAGCAGCAGCAGGAGCAGCAGGAGACGACUCGAAUUUCCUUCUCCAUCACUGUUCCGUUUUCGGAGUUUCUUUACCACGUGAAGAAGGACAAUAUCGUGUCGAUUACUGUAGACGGCGACAAGGUGUCGUUCGUCCUGCGACGCCCCGAGUUCGCCAAAGGGCACAAGGCGACGGAGUUACAACCCAUGAUUCGCCAAGUGGAAAGAAUGGCAGAGAGCAAGUGGAAGGAGGCGGGGGAAGUUUCUGGGAAGAAGGUGGGGAAGAUGCCACCUGUCCAAGUGCAGCUGACUACCGUGAAGCCUGCUGACGUGGCGGUCCCGUACGCGGAGCUCAUGUCACGCCACGUAGAGUUUGGUGCUCCGGAUAAGGCGUCGUUUAAACUCGUGAAUACGAUUUCGGUGAGCAGUCAUGGGGAAAGGGGUGGGGGGAGGGGGGAGAAAGGGGAGAAGGGGGAGAGGAGGGGGGGGAGGGGGGGGGGAGGGGGGACGAGGGAGAGGGGGAGAAGUCUAUCAAUGGGAGAGGGGGGAAAGGGGGGAGAAAGGGGGAAACGGGGAGAGAGGGGGGAAAGGGGGGAGAAAGGGGGAAACGGGGAGAGAGGGGGGAAAGGGGGGAGAAAGGGGGAAACGGGGAGAGAGGGGAAAGGGGGGAGAGGGGAAAGGGGGGGAGAAAGGGGGGAGAAAGGGGGAAACGGGGAGAGAGGGGAAAGGGGGGAGAAAGGGGGAAACGGGGAGAGAGGGGAAAGUGUAUUUGGGGGUAAGGCACGCAGUCAGAAGGGAAAGGCGCCGCCAGUGCUGUUUGCUGACGUGGCAGGGGUGGAUGAGGCGAAAGAGGAGCUAGAGGAGAUCGUGGAGUAUCUCCGCACGCCGGAGCGUUUCACUCGACUGGGGGCCAGACCUCCCAGAGGAGUGCUGCUGGUUGGGCCGCCAGGCACGGGAAAGACGAUGCUGGCCAAGGCAGUGGCUGGGGAGGCAGACGUACCCUUUAUAAGCUGCAGCGGUAGCGAGUUUGUGGAGCUGUAUGUGGGCCUGGGUGCGUCGCGAGUGAGAGAGCUGUUCGCGCAGGCAAAGAAGGACUCGCCGUCUAUCGUGUUUAUUGAUGAGAUCGAUGCAGUGGCCAAGGUGCGGGAUGGGCGCAUGCGCAGUGUGGGCAACGACGAGAGGGAGCAGACCCUGAACCAGCUGCUCACUGAGAUGGACGGGUUUGACAGCAGCACUGCAGUCAUUGUCCUUGCAGCCACCAACAGGGCAGACGUCAUCGACCCCGCCCUGCGCCGCCCAGGGCGGUUCGACCGGAUUGUAGCGGUGGAGCCUCCUGAUCGCAAGGGGAGGGAGGCCAUACUGACGGUGCAUGUGGAGCACAAGGAGCUACCUCUGAGCACCGAUGUGGACAUUCAGGAAAUCGCUGUCGCCACCAGCGGAUUUACGGGGGCUGAUUUGGCGAAUCUGGUGAACGAGGCAGCGCUGCUGGCAGCAAGGAGGGACCACGAGGAGGUCACUAAGCAGGACUUUGAUAGUGCUGUUGAACGGGCUCUUGCGGUGAGUGCUGUGAAUCUGUGA